AUCGGUUGCAGUAAAAGCGCGAUGUUAGUUCAAUAGGCUAAUGAUGGAGUACUGAGACGAAGGUUCUAACAAAUAUGACGUCUUUAGUGAUUUGCACAAAACGUGUCGUUUUGAUUGCUAUAAUGAUAUUACAAGAAAGUCUCAUUUGUAUUGAAACGACGCAUGCGUGGGAAAACAGUGCCUGGAAAAACGGAACACUAAGGUUCUGUUACCCUGAUAUGAGAUCUCAGGAAAUAUUCCUAGACAGUGGAACAAGUCAGCCUCUUCUAUUGUGUGCAUACUCUCCAAACAGCCCUGUCGACUUUGUAAACAUUAAUGGGGCUGACCUAAGAUUUAACAGUAAGAUGGACAAUAUGCUGGUCAAUAAUUUCACAGAUGACAGUCGUCAGAUGUAUUACGUCAGUGUGAUGAUAGAUAACGUGACGUUAAAUAUGAAUUAUGUUGGAUGGUUAAGCUCAGGUUCAGGAGAAAUGUUGGAGUUUAGUUUCAUCUACAGAGCAGGUCAGAUCCGUCUAUGUCACUACAAGCCAGUGACAACCUUUGAUGUCAUGCUGGGUGAGAAUCUGAAUGUCACAUUUUGUCUUCAGUCAAGCAUUGACAUUCACAAAUAUGUUGGAAUAAAUGGCGACAUAUGUGACGUCAAAAAACAUAGUGGUCAUGUUUAUUGUCACGUGACGUAUGACCCAAAUACUGGAGAAACUUACGUAGGCGUAGGGAUAAACGACGUCACUUUCGAUGACGUCGGAUAUUACGUCAUUACAAUAAAGAACAUGAAGAAUGAGAGACUGAAGCACUUGUUGGAGUUAAAACUUAAAGAAGAUCAAACUACAAAAAAUGUGGGCUUAAGUGUAACGACCCUGAUUACGUCAGUGGUGAUUGGUGUUGUCGUGAUAUUUGUCAUCGUCCUCGUCUGCUUGGUGACUCACUACAAACACACCAUUGCCGGUCUACAGACUGAAUUACUAAACUAUGGUGCAAGCGUACAAUACAGGGGAGGUAAUGCUGGAGUAGAUAACUCACUUUACUACGAGAGUUGUCGAACUUCUUGUGAGAUCGAGAUUUCAGAACGUCACCCAUACGGCCAUAUUGUUGAGAUGAAUCAGACCUUCACACAGAGUAGAGAUCCCAUAUACAGCCUGAUAGUAGAGCCAGAACAUUUUUCAAAGAAUCAAACUUUUGAGGAUGACGUGAGGAAUCAGAUAACACGACGUAACACGGAACUGGAUGACGAAUACCUGACACCAGCUGACCUGGUGUCAGUAAACAAUGUGUCACGUGAUGAGUCUUUACAGCCAAGUCAAGCGUCCAAUGGGUAUCUUUCAGUGGUAGAUCAUUACUCAACCAUUGACUAAAUCUAGUUCCAAAUAUUGAUAGACCAUUACUCAAACA